UGGGGAGGCUUUAUCUGCGGGCGCGCUGCGGGCGGCGGGCAGCCGAGCUCGCUGCCGGCGUCGGGGGCUCCUCUUCGUCCAGGACCCGACGCGCCGCUGUCACCCGGCCCGGGUCCCCGCUCGCCGCCGCGACUCGGGAGCCUCGGGAGAGCGCGGAGCGCCUGGGAUGCCAAGCUCUGGAAUGGACCCUCCGCCCGAGGCCUUUGCCACUUGACAGCAGCCGGAUCUGCGCCUCUUAAGCCCUGUCUGGACCAGAAUCCCCUCAGCCAGCACCUCUCAGGUCGAAGCCUGCGGGCCCCACGCCUCCGGACACCAUGUCGCUGCCCAUCGGGAUGCACCGCCGGGCCUUCAGCUACGACGACGCCCUCGAGAACCCCAUGCCGCCGCCGCCAGCCGACAUGGGCAAACUGCCCUGGAUGCCCGCCCCACCCCAGCGGCCAGAGUGCCGCCACCACCAGGUGGAGCCAGGCGGCCCCAAGCUCUCGUCCCCCACCAUCACCGUGUCCCCCGCCACCGACGGUCCUGACCCCGCGCCUGUCGUUAAGGCCAAGGCCACGCACGUCAUCAUGAACUCUCUGAUCACAAAGCAGACGCAGGAGAGCAUCCAGCGGUUCGAGCAGCAGGCGGGCCUGCGGGAAGCCGGGUACACGCCGCACAAAGGCCUCACCACCGAGGAGACCAAGUACCUGCGCAUGGCUGAGGCGCUGCGGAAACUGAAGCUUCAGAGCGGCGAGGGCGGCAGUGAGGAGAAGUCGGGCUCGGCCCAGUCCACACCCAGCAGCACCCCCACCUCCUCCCCGCGGCCCAAGUCCAGAGGCUGGUUUGCUUCCGGGCUGUCCCCGGCUUUACCGGGCCCCAGUCCUAGCCCCCAGGACGGUGGAAGUGGGGAGAAGGAUAAAUGGAGCCUCUUUGUACCCAGAACCCUCCAGAGGUCUGCAUCGGCGGGAGCUUUUACCACGCAGCCUUACCAAGGCGGUCAGACGCCAUCGCCCAUGGAGCUGGUCCAGGGCCCGGCGACCUUCAUGACCGGAGACACCUCCACCUUGAAGCCACCCAAGCUGGACCUCCCGGGGACAGAAGCAAAGAAGCCACGGGCCCGGAGCCACAACAUCAAACCCCGGGACUUGAAUGUGUUCACACCCACUGGCUUCUAGAGCUUUCUAAGCCAGGGACUCCCGAGGCGGGCAGGGAGGGUUGACUCUCACCCGUGUCUCACCGGUCCCACCUCGAGAGCCCGGAGGCCACCGGGCAGUCUCGAAUACCCCCGCCACGGAGGCAAGACCUGGAGGCACUUGGGUUUCUGGAGAUGCGGUCAAGAAGCCGUUUCGGACUCCAGUGGAGGUGGAACUGGUGGGGUGUCAGUAACGGUUGCCGGGGCGCGGGGGCCAGCGCCCUCUCUGCCUUCUUUUGCAUCAUUCAGCUUGGGGCACCCCCUAAAAGGCCCAUGAUACUCGUAGGACCCCCAUUUCUGCCUCUGUGUUGGGAGUGGCGGGAGCAGGCCGGGAUCCUGAAGGUGUGUGCAAGAUCUGAGGACCCCGAUUGCCGGGGGAGAGAUACACUCAAGUCUUCCAUCUCCUCCUGCUGCACUUUAUUCCCCGAACCCGGGCUGCUGGGCUCCGAGCACCAGCUCCGAGCACCAGAGAGACAGAGAGAGACACGGUGUCCGGUGAUUUGUGGAUUAUUUUGGCCACCUAGUGGCUCCCGACCCCUCUUUCCUGUCGGGGAGGGAGAUUUUGCACCAUUUUCCUCGUGGAAUCUCGGGCUCCCCUGCUCUUCCUUCCCUCAUGGCCGUGUGUCCGGGGAAGGACGGCCAAAGCCCCAAGGGGUUUCUGUGGGGGGGGGGGCUCAGCUUCACUCCCCACCCACCGCCCCUGUCGCCUUCCUGCUGUAUUCUGUCGGAACGAACGCUGAGGGGCCAAGCACACCAAGGGCCCCGAGUCACGUGAUCACAACCACUAACUUAUUUGUAUAUUCUGGGAGCCUCGUGCCUCCAGCUGCCACAAUAAAAUUCCUUAGGACUUUCUCAAA